AUGUUUCUGGAGGAUUGCAAAAAACAUUUUGACACAGAAUGUCUCUACGAACUUCUCGGCGUGCAGAAGGAUUGUGAUGGGAAAGAACUGAAAAAGGGCUAUUACCGCCAAUCAAUGCGCUGGCAUCCGGAUAAAUCGAAUCUUGGUGAAGAGGAAAAGCAAACCUACACGACCAAGUUUCAACUUCUCAACAAGGCCUACCAAAUCUUGUCGGAUGACGAAAGAAGAAAGAUUUAUGAUGAAACGGGCUCGGUCGACGAUGAAGAGCUUAAUGAAGACGUUUUGAAGGCAUGGAGAAAGAUUUUCAAAAAAGUAACAAAAGAAGAUAUCGACAACUUUAUGAAGACAUAUCAAGGAUCUAGAGAACAGAAGGACGAGCUGAUAAUGCACUACAACAAAUGUAAGGGAGACAUCUCCAAAAUUCAAGAAUAUGCUAUCGGAUACGAAAGCAUUGAGGACUUGAAAGCUGCUGUGGAUUCCUUAAUUGAAGACGGUGAAAUUGAGAAGACCAAGAAAUACGAGACGAGCACAACGGAGAAAAAGAUGAUUGCUUACAAACGAAAAGCCGAGAAGGAGGCCUCUGAAGCUGAGAAUCUCACGAAUAGUGAUGCUGAUCUCAUGGCUCUAAUCAGAGGUCGCCAGAAAAAGCGCGAAGAGAAAAAUGAUUCGUUCCUCGACGCAUUGGCAGCGAAAUAUGCACCUUCUUCCUCCAAAAAGGCAAAACGGCAGUAA